UACUAAGUUGCCAUGGUGACAAGGUGGCCACAGCUUGGGACAUGAAAUUGAAUAUAUCAUUCAAGUUUAAAGACCUCUGCAAGUUGGAAGUUAAAAUGUAUGUAGUCAGUUUUGUGUGUAGAGGACUGUAGUGUGAUAAGAUUAGAUGAAAGUAAAAAAAAUAUUACCAUAUAUUGUGUGUAUAUGCACAGGAGCAGUACAGAAACAUAGGAGAUAGAAUCUGGAGAAGUGUUGAAAUGGAGGUAAUGUUUACUGCUAUUUUAGAUUAUUUUUAAGGUACGGUUAAUGCCAUUAUGAUUUUAUAUAAAACAUGUUAUAUUAUUAGGAGGCCACAAGAGAACUUUCCAAAUGUAGUCUGUCAUUUAGCUGUAACUGCAUUUCUGCAGUUUACUCACAAAAAUUUAAUUAGUUUUUAAACCCUAUUCUUUUAAAAAUGGCACAGGACUUGUUUGUUAAGGGCAAACUUUUGGGAGUGACUUAUGCAUGACAACUAAAAAACACACAUUGGUGCCCCAAAACUUUUUCAAACUGUUUCUGUGGUUAGGUAGUGACCAGCUGAUGACAGAAGUUUCUUCUUUUAUUAUUUAUUAACUCAUUUUAAACUGAAAAAAGUCACAAAAGACUUACAGCAAUUCCAAAUUUACAAAACUAACAGUGAUUUUGUUACAAAUAGUUAUGGUGAGCCCUGGGACUCAUCUUGUGAAAAAUCAUGCGUCCCAGUCCAGAACCAAUGAGUCCCACUGUCGAGUUAAAAAAAUAAAAAUUAGUCUGAAAUUGAAAAUGCUUGGGCCUUUCUGUCACCAGACAGUUUAUGUGAAGACAGACUCCAAAGCUCUCUAUUAAGUAAAAAUAUAGUCCUUCUAUUUAAAGCACAACAAAGCCUAAAGGAAGUAUGCAUCUUUAAACAACAGCCAUAAUAAUUAACUGCCAGAGAAAAUACGCGAACAGGCCCGAUAUUUCUACAAAUACACAUGUUCAGAUUGAUGAUCGAUCUCUGCGUCCUAUGGGACGCAUGCCGUGAAUUAUUUUGCACCUUUGGGGAUUUUUAUGCCCCAGAGAUACAGGAUGCAGAGGUAACAAAAUCACUGAACUAAUAAACAUUGAAGUAAUACUUUUUCUAAUGUGAGGACUGUGUAGAUAGUUAAAUCCCUUAAAACAGGUCACUUUUUAAACCUGCUUUGAACCUACAUUCAUGACAGCUCUCUUGCCACUACGUAACUGCCACAUCACGCAAAAUCUUAUAAAUUCAAACUUACGGUAUCACAACACAAAGAACCAUCUUGAAGUGAAUUUUGUAAAAAUAAAAGUGAAAACUCAGGAGGAUCGAUAAUUCUUUAGUUUGAAAUUUGAUGACAUCAUCUGAAAACCAGCAAUAUACUUAAUUUCAUUUUUUUAGUAUUCCCUGCUAAUUGCUUAACAUGGUCCGACAUUGCAACACAAAUUACAUGCAAAGUAAAGACUUACAGAAACAGUGGAUGUAAAUUUUUAAAGACUUAAAAAUUUUCCUGGUUUAUCCAGCAGAAAUUCACAUGAUUUCUUAAACACUUACCCUGGAGUUAACCUUAUUGCCAACUUUAACUCUUUUAUUUCUUUCAUUUGCAGUGUAUUGCAAGCGCCAAAAUUAUAUUAUUAGUAACAGAGACUGUACAAUUCAAAAGCAUUUAUUGGUUUUCUUUAUAUAGUAUUUUCAAUUAGACCAUGUUUGUUUAAUGACCUUAUACCUUAAAUACCUGAAAUAAUUUUGCAUAACUCAUGAAUAUAUUGUUGUCAUGAAGCAAGGUUAGUAAUACAAAUUGUACAAUGUACUUCCAAACCUUGCUUCAAAUGUUUUUAACAAGCUGUCUACAACAUGCUACAGAACACUUUAAACACUGUGACUUUUAAUUUAAUUACAGCUUUUACUUGUUUAAUUACUUAUGAUUGUGACUUACUUACCAAGGAAGGAACCAUUGUUAAUAAUUAAUGUUAACUUUGUGGUUAAUGAUCUUCUCUUAAUAUGGUGUACCUGCAUCAAUGUAGAUUAUUGCUGUUAACUUUAAUCAUUAUCAUUUUACUCCUUUAUGAAGUUCAUUAAAUUAAACUUUUAUCUUCCAUGCCAGUUGUAUACAUUUCGUCCAUUUCCUAUUAAAAGUAUAACAUACAUUUAUCAUCAACUCACAAUACACAGUUAGAAUAAGGAAGAAACAUUUAAACCAUUAAAUUUUCUCUUUUCACAGACAGUCUGUAAAAAAAACACAUAAUUUCCACUUGAGCAGAGGUUUUUUCUUUUCUUUAAAAAAACUUUCUAAUAAUUAUUGAUAUAACAAAUUUUUGACUGUGAAUCUAUUCUUAAUAUUAUCGAUGGUGUUUUUCUUUUGCUGUAGUAAGUCAGGAGAACUUUGAAUUAUUUCAUUUUGUAGAGUCAAGAUUGAACAAUUACUGUCAUGGUUGGGCAUCUUGAUUGCAAAUGUACCAAAGUGGGUUGUGGUUGGGGGUGGGGGGGGGGGGGGGGGGUUUUUAAAGCACCCUUAGUUUAUUUUUCUCUUAAAAAAAGGGGGCUUUAAACAGGCUGGUAUUCCUAAACACUUUUUUUUAGCAAUUUUGAAAAAGGGGCGGUGGAAUGGUUUUUUUUUUCUUUAGAAUUAAUUUUCUUAUUAAAUUCUGGUUUUUAACGUGGAGGUUUUAAUUUUGGGUACUUUUAACAUACCGAGGUUAUUUUAAAUUUUUUUUUUUUUUUUAUUUUUUUUUUAUAUUUUUGGUGUUUUUUUUUUUUUGUUUUUUAAUAAGGAUUGAUUUUUUUUUUUUUUUUUUUGUUAUGGUAAAGAGUGUAAUAUUUGUGUGGGUGGGGGGGUUUGGGUUGGGAAGGUGGGGAGGGGGGGGUGGGGGGGGGGGGGGGGGGGGGGGGGGAGUGGCUUUUAAAAGCACUCUAUGUUAAUGUUCUCAUAAAAAGAAGGGGCCUAUAGACAGUCUGAUAUCUCUACACACUUUUUUUAAGCAUGUUGAAAAUAGUGCAGAUGUAAUGUUUAUUUCUUGCUUAAGAAUUAAUUUCCUAAUACAAUCAUGGUUUUAACAGUGAAGAUAUUAAUUUAGGUAACUGAUAACUCACUGAGGGUUGGGAGAAUGUGACAUGUCAUUUACUUUUAAUGGACUUCCAGCCAAAAGAUGAUUCUCUGCCAGUGAGUUUCAGCUGUUUCUCUGCUGUCCUUUGGAUAUUUUACUGGUAACACUAGUGAACUGAAAGAUUUGUGUAGUAGUCUUCAAUCCAUGCAUCAAAUAUACAUGUAAUUUAUAUGACUUUUUCAUUAUAAUCUUUGUUACUAUGAUAUACUCUUCUCUGGAAUCUUGUUUUGGACCGCCUAAGAGCCAAGAAUGAUUUUUUAAAGUUACUUAAAAGAACAUGGCUUUAAUGCAAAGGUGGUUAUAAAGCAGGGUCCCAUAGCUUUUAGUGGCCUGCACACUGUUCUGAUACCAUGUUUUUUAUGGUUGUUUCCUCUUCUAGAACCUUCAUGUCAAUGAGGCCAUGCCAUUCUUGGACUAUUCUUCACCAUGUGAAUCUACUCCUGAUGGCCUGCCAAAAGAACAGCAAACAUCAAGGGAGUGGGUAUUAGAAUGGAACAGGAAGAGCGAUACCAGUGAAGUUCAGGAGUACUUGCAGCAGUUGCAACGUUCUCACAGCCACUCGCAUCCAGAAAAUGCUGACUCUCCUGAGAGUUUUAGCCGUAGUAGCUCUGUUCCAAGAUAUACUGGAUUUGAUGGCCAAGCUGAUGUGGAGAUGGAGAGUGAGCCUUUUGAAAUCCAGAAAUUAGGAUGUUCACCAGGCAAAAAGUUUGUGGACGUACAUCAAACUGUUGGGGAGGUGACCUCUGAUAAUUGCAUUGCUGAUGAUCAGAGAGGCAAUGAAAGAUCUUUUGUAAGUUGCCAUUGCUGAGAUCUUUUUAAUACAUUUCCAGUGAAAUUGGAAGCACUGCUUUGUAUGUCUGCACAUUUAUAGUAUUACAUAUGAAAAGGAAAAGGAAAAAUGAAAAUGUCAUCAAAACAUCAGAAAUGCUAUUUUCUGACCUGAAUCUUUGUAACUUAUAACUGCUGAAUAAUACAAUUGAAAAUUGUUGGAAACUUGCUAGUGAAAUGCUCAAAUUAUAUGGUUUGAUUUUCUAAUAUUGCAACUGUUCUUAUUUGUUUUUGAUAUCUCCAAAGUACUUUUUGUUGAUACCCUCCAUGAUUACAGUACACCACAGUUUUAGCACCGCAUGUUUUUUCCCCAUCAUUUUAGAUUCAUGGAGAUGACCAGGAUGAUAGUCUGUUAGAUGAAGCAAUGACAGGUGCCAAUCAUAGUAUUUUGCCUUAACAAUACUGAAUCUGUAAUGCUAAUAGAAAAUGAGCUCUGUUGCAUAAGAUUUCUCCCAUUACAUAUUGACCAGUUUCUUACUUUCGAAUUGCAAAAGGCUAAAUUUAUUAUUGGAAAUAUUGGUUGAAGUUUUUUUCAUCUGUUCAAUUUUAGUGUAAUGUUCAUUUAGCUAAAAAAAAUAUUUCAGAAUGCUUUGAAAUUCAAAAUUCUUCUGCAUCCCAUUUCUAAUAAUUAGAAAUGGGAUGCUGGAGAAUUUAAUAGUAAUAAUCCCCAUUCCUUCAUGAGAUGUGAAAUACAUACAGUUGAAGCUCUCAUAAGGGGUGUGACACGCUGUGGAUGUGAAAAAGGUGUCUGUAACUGGAGCUGGCUGCGCAUGAGAAUAGUUCUUGUGUACCGACGCUUAAAGUGUAAGAAUUAGAUACUACGAAUGCCAGGAAAAAUUGUUAAUGUCUGACUACACUGUUUUUCUGACAACGUUGUUCAUUCAGACACAAGCAUAAAAUUCAAGUGGUCUUUUGAACUGUAACUGGUGAGGUGAAAAUAAAAAUACAAGAUUCUGAAGUGAAUUCUCAAGGGAGCUUAAAAACAAAGCUAAUACCAUAAAAUUCCAAAAAUAAGCCCUGGGACUUAUAUUUUUCAAAGGGCCCUUUUUGAGGGGCUUAUUUUUGGAGGGGCUUAUGUAUGGAGGGUAAAAUGGCAUUUAAAAAUUGAUUGGGUUAGCCUUAUUCUAGGUAGGAAAUUUACUGUUUUUCUUUGUUUUACUUUGCAUUUGAGGGCAAUUUCCAAGUACAAGCCCCCCGGGGUGGCUUAUAUUUGGAGGGGCGAUUUAACGGAGGGUUUUUUGCGUUACAAGUUUGAGCGUCUUAUAUUUGGAGGGGCUUAUACAUGGAGAGUUUUCACUGUAGACCCUCUUACUAACAAGUGAAUGAAUUGCAUGUUUCUUGAUAGAUGUGGGAGAGAAUUAUGUUUACACCAACUUCCUCAAAUCUAGGACAUGUUAUGACAUAAUGCCAAAAAGUUCCAAGAUUGUAGUAUUCGACACCAAACUUAAGGUAAGCAAAAUAAUCUGUAAAAGUUAACAAUGUUACUCUGUUACAAAAUUGCAAUGUUUUGAACAGAUUAUUAAACAACUAUUAAGUUACCAAUGAUUGAUAAUAGUAAAAACAAUGAACAACCUUGACAGGACUUUUCUAGCAUAGAUGUUACAUGUCAUAUUUGAUUUCAGGUUAAUUUUAAUUUUAAUUUAACCUAGGUUUAUUUUACUUUCUACAUACAAAAACAGAAAAAUUAAUUUAAAAAUUAGAAACUGUACAUUGUAGGAUAACUUCACUUGUACAUGACUGUACUGUUACAUCUUUUCCAAUGAAAUUUUAUGAGUGAGUUAAGUGCCUUGAUAUUGAAGUUCUAUAUUCCUGUAGGUGAAAAAAGCUUUUUUUGCUCUGGUUGCAAAUGGUAAGUAACAUCUUCAACUUUUUGGUACUUUACACUAGUAAGGGUGACAAUCUGUAGUUCUGCAUUUUUCCUUGAAACUUUGCUCAGUUAUUUUAACACCUUAACAUUCUUUAACACUUGCAAACUCACAAAAUGCAAGUUUGAAAGCCUUAAGUCAAAAGAAUACCUCAAGCAAAUAUUCAUACUUUGAAUAUUACGAGAGAAAAACUUGGGUUUCAAUUUAGCCCUUGUCCAUUUCUUUUCCAUUUGCCACCAAAUGUAAGUUCUGCGUACAGAAUCUUUAGAACUAAAUAAAGGGAAAGCAGUGGAGAAGCCCAAAAUACCGUAAGAAAUUAAGUUACAAAGAUUAGUGGAAUACAACUGGUGAGAUAGGUGAAAUAACAAUGAGUUAUGGUGGAGGUGUGCAUGAGCCCCAUACCUACGAAGGUUGGUUAGUCUAUCCAUUGAAGAAAUUUUGGUAUUCACAGGAAACCAAUUUGAAAUGUCAAACUUUCUAGCUAGUUUGGAGGCCUGAAAGUCUGUAACCUUUGGUUAACUUGAUAAUAGACAUCCAUAUUAUGGUCAAUUGACAGCUAUCUAAAAAGGUAUCCACUGACCAGAGGCACAUAACCAUAUCGUGGGCUCAGGUCCCAACUCAAUGAGGUUGCAUGUUUUUUAUGAAGUAUUCUGCUGACCAGUGAUUAGCUUUUAAUUGCAGACUUAAGUUUAUGUUUUUCAGUUAUAUGGUUCUCCCCUAAAGGUUUUUAGAUUUGUGGAUUUCUUUGCAAUGGUUUAAAGUCCGUUGUGUGAAGUAAUUCAGGAACUUAGCUCUGGCUGAAUCUAUAUAAUAUAUUAUUAAUAUUAUUGGUUUUAUGUAGACCUUGAGCACAUGUUAGCUGCAUAUUUGUGCUCUAGUAGUUAAGCGUAUAGAGUAAAUUCCAGUUGGAAGCAGCUUUUCAGCUUUGUGGUAGCUGUCAUGUAAGAGGUCCUCAACAUCAAAGACAUACAAUAUAAGAUAGACAGAUGGUGAAUUUACUACUUUUGCAAGCAAAAAAUAAUAUACUACUUGAGCUUUGCUAAUGGGUAAAAAAAUUAAGAUUAAACCCAAGAUUCUCUUUUUGCUUAUCUCAUCUUCCAAGCAGCGCAGAAACAACAGUCAAAUUUGUUCUUUACUCAUUCUUCUUAGGCAAGUAACUAAAGAUUAUUUUUUAUGUGCAGCAAUUAGUAAUGGUAACAGGACUGAGUGGAGUCCAAUUCGGUCUGUAAUCAUACGAGUGAUUAACAAAAUCGGACGACCGCGUAGCGGGAGUCCAAUUUGUUUAAUCAUGAGUAUGAUUACAGACCGAAUUGGACGACACAAAGUUCUGUUACCAAUUAAUCAUAACUUUAACAAAAUUUGUGAUAUAAUAGGCUAUUUUUUAAAUCAAAACACAAGAAAUUUGAAAUUUUGUUUUGCCAGCAGUAAAAAAAAAAAACCAUUUAAGCGCGCGUGUGAUGACGCUUAAUGUCCAAUUACUUAGGCAUGACGCAUACUGUCCUAUUAAACUGUCCAAUUAAGGCUGAAAUCAGGGCAGUUGAUAGCCAAUCAGAUUUGACAAUUUUGUUAUAGUUAUGAUUAUACAUUGUAAUCUACCUUAGUAAUAAUAUAGUGCAAGAAGCUUCUUUAAAAGUUAAAGUUGUAUUUUCUUUUUUAAUAUGUGUUUAGGAGUAAGAUCAGCACCUCUUUGGGAUAGUGACAAACAUGAUUUUGUUGGUAAGCUUCCUUUGCUGUUAAAAUUAUUUAGACUGCAUUAAAAGUCAAAUCAUGCUAUGUUUACCUAUGGCAGAGAAUUAUCAUUCAUUUCUGGUACUUUCAUUAAACACCAACAGCUAAUGAAUAAGUUGUUGCUACUUUGCUGCUUUCUUUUGUAACAUGAUAUAAUCAAAGAAUUGUUCUUUCAAAUUUUGUUGAUACAGUCAGUCUCAAACCAGCUGCCCACUUGAAUCUUUUGAAAGCCUUCUAUUAGAAAAGAGAGAUUUUAUAGAAUCAUUUUUAAAAAGAAAUGGCAAAUCAUCUUGUGACCAAUUGUUGCCCAUUACUUGUCUUCUACUGUUCAUUUUAUCUUUUGAACCAAAAAAAAAAUAGUUGCAAGCCACUGGUUUAUAAAAAUUAAUAAAAAUUAGUUUGGACAGUUCUGAUCCGCUUAUUUUCUAGUUUGAGCAAUUGUUAACUUCAAUUUGACAUUUCCCAUGUGCUAUAAAAGUCAUUACAAAUCUUUCGUUAUAUUUAUUAAGGCCUUUGUUGAAACCAAAUGUACUACAUGUAUAUCAGAGUAACACUAUAUUAUUGCUUUGUUGGUCAAGUUCUCAGUAAUUUUUGCAUUUUGGAUUUUUCCCCUUUUUUCUCUAUAGGAAUGCUGACAAUUUCUGACUUUAUAAACAUUCUUCGUCAUUAUUACAAAUCACCAUUGGUAAGAAGUUGGUUCUUGUAGAUUUUUGUUUGAUAUGAAUGAAAAUAUAAGAAUGAAAUACUAGCUUCAAGAGAAAGUAGCUUGCUAGAUUCAUUUUGUUGGGGUGUAAUUAGAGUAGAUCAUCAAGCAUGGAUUAUUGGAGUGAUGAGGAAGAGGUGUUCAGAUCAGUAGGAUGUUAUUAUUCUUAUGAUCCCAGCAUAAAUACGAUUUUCCAAACAAACAACUUUAGUUCUAGAUUUUCUACAGCUGAAAUCAGGGAUAGAAACAAAGCAAAACGGUAGUGAAAAAUGACAAUAUUAUUAACAAAUACAAAGUCAAGAUUAACAACUUAAAGUUUACAAGACUGAACAAAAGUAAUAAGGCAAACUGAAAUGCAAAUAAAGCAAGCAACAUAUAGUAUAUUGACUAGUAAGAGCCAAGAAAAGAACUGACAAUAACACACUGAUGUGAAAAUUCCAAGUAAGAUUUAUAUACAAAUAUAUGAAAAAACCUAAUGCAAAGAUCAAAGAUACACAAAUAAUAAUUGGCUCAUGAACCCAAAACUGCACUGAAAGGUGCGAAAACAGGUGGUGAAUACACUUUAGCUUUAAAUGAAAGGCAUAAGAUUCUUGGCGCUUGCAAUUCUUGUAACUGGAAUUUUGGCUUGGGAUUUUUCCCAGGGUAUGGUUUUACACUUUUUGUUAUAUAAAAAAAUUACCAUUAUGUAACUUUGUUCAAGUUAAAUUUUUAUUUAUCUUUAUUUUUUAAAUUUUCUUUUUAGGUUCAAAUGGAUGAGUUAGAAGACAACAAAAUUGAAACUUUUCGAGGUAAAAAAGUGAUAUAUGUUGCAUCAACUGCCACAUUAUUGCCUGUUUAUUAGCAAAAGAAGAGAUUUGGCUCCCUUGUGUUGAUGUACAUGGUACAUCUUGCAGUAACAAGCUAGUAGGAAUCCUGUGGCCAGUUCUUCAUGUUUUUGGUGGGCACCUUGUGACCUGAGUGCUACGUCAUUGUUGCUGUAGUUGUUUGUGAACCUAAUGUACCUACAAGCAUAAACAAGGCUGUACAUUCUGUAUGUGUAAACAGUCUCUUUUUUGGCAGAACUUGAAAGGAACAAUCUCAAAGAAUCUGGUCUCGUUAAAAUUGCUCCAAUGCAGAGGUGAGUGGUUUCUGUGCCCUCUGAUUUUCUUAGGUCCUCUUUAAUAAUCUUCGAAGUUUGUAAAUGCAAAGUUGUGCUCUAGCAGAGCCCACAGGCCCUGGCCAGUGACUCACAUCAUUAUUUUGCCUUUUUGUGUUCAUGUUGAGCACCCUAGAUGUUUAAAUUCAAAGCUUUCCUUUUGGAGAACAACCUGGAAAUGGUAAAGUGACAUAACUUAGUAGAGGGGAGGAAGAGUGUAAAAUUCCUGAGGAUCACCUUCAGAAAAAUUUGAAUGAUACAUUUCUGAGUCAGGGAUGGGUUGUGAACACAGUUGUGAAAUAAUUUUCUACACAGUUAGUUUGUGAGAUAGUUGAGUUCAGUGUCUUGUGGACAAUGAUGCUGCAUUCCUGCAUUACACUGUACAUAGUAUUAUAAUAUAGUUUUCUCUCCCUCCUUCCAGUCUCAGUUGUAUUUCUCCACUGUAUUGAAAUUGCUUAAUUUUGUUGACAGUUUGUUUGAUGCUGUAAAGAUGCUCGUUGAACACAAAAUUCAUCGACUUCCUGUUGUGGAUCCACACACAGGAAAUGCACUUUAUAUCCUCACGCAUAAAAGAAUCUUAAGAUUUAUGUUUUCAACAGUAAGUCAGUCUGCCAAUUCCUACCUUGUAUUUAUUUGAAGCUAGUGCUAUCAAUAUUUAUUUUGGAAAUAUUAUUAUUUACUCGUACAAUGUAAAAUUAAGCAGUGUUUUCUUUCAGUUAACACAGACUAAUCCACCUGAAUUCAUGGGAAGUACACUGAAAGAGUUGGGAAUCGGAACGUAUCAAAAUGUGGCUGUGGUAGGUGGACACACUUUAUUUUACUUAUUUUAAUUUAUUGUCAUUUCUUGGCCAUCAUCUAGAAAAGACAAGCAAGCCCCCUAUGUACUCCGAUCAAUGCUAAAUAAUGGUCUUCUAAAUGGUUAAAAAAAUUCUAAAAAUAAAUGAUAAUAUUAUAUAAUUAUUGUAUAAUUUUACAAUAAAAACCUUUGAAACCAAACAGCUUUUGUUAAGAUUACGUGUAACUUUGUUGUGAGCUACAGAGCUUGUCAUAGUGUGCUCAAACUACAUGUACCAAUGUACAUUCAGUCUCACUGAGUUGCUCAUUAAAUAGCUUUAGCACUGUCAUGGGGGACUGGGUAAGCUAUUUUCUAACAACUUCUGCUUUGAUACCUACACAUAUUGUAUAGUGUACCAAUCACUAAAUUUACUAACUCUGGUGCUUGUUAUAAACUUUAUUCAUGUUAGAAAAUACAUGUUUUUCUAAUUCAUGUUGACCAAAUCUGUACUUACAUGAAUUUACAUUGUAUUUGACCCUCUCCACUGUUCUUGAGGUUUGUGUGCGUUGAUUUUUGUGUAGAUAUCUCCUGAAACUCCGCUGAUUACAGCAUUUCAUAUGUUUGCCGACAAGAGAGUAUCUGCUUUGCCAGUAGUUGAUAGUAAUGGUAUGUUUUAGUUCUCUGUUUUGUUUGUUUGCUUGUUGUUGUUGUUUUACUAAACCUAGGUUCAUUUUUGUUCCAUCCUUACCUAACUCCUCACCAUUGAUUUUUCAGGUGUUGUAGUUGAUAUUUACGCAAGAUUUGACGUCAUUGUAAGUACCAGUCUAUGCCCAUUUUAACUGGUUUCAAUGUCGCCUAAACCACUUUCUCUUUGCAAUCACAUCAUUGAUGUUUUCCCAUCAACUGUAAUAUUUAACAACGGUUGUCACUAAAUAUAUAAGUAAGAGCAGAUGACAACAACAGUCACUUGACAAUACUUAAUUUGUUGUAACUGAUAAUUUAUGUGAAUUACCGUAUGUCAAAUGUGAAUCAGCCUAUCAUAACUCUUGUCCAUGGACAUGGAACUAAAUUUCUUUGUUCCCAUGUUAAGAUGUGUACUGAAAUAAUAAUUAUUACUUUCGUCACUGGAUAAAAUGAUCUCUCUGGAGAAAGUCUGAACACUGGAUUUACUUGAGACCUGGUAGCUCCCAUCUGACCUUUCCAGACAUCAAAGGGUUGAGAACUAUUAUUGAGUCUGCUAACAGUAAAAUAAUUUCCUUUUGUUGCUUUCUGUAGAAUUUGGCUGCUGAAAAGACGUACAAUAAUUUGGACGUAUCUGUAAAACAGGCACUGGAGCAUAGAGCAGAGGUAUUCCAUCUUUUCCUUUCUUAUGAUGAAGUGCAAAUCUGUUCCAUUUAAAAAUGGGAUUAUAUUUGAGAUUAUUAAAUGAAUGGCCUCAGUAAUACAAUGCAUGCCAUUCACUGUUUUUUCAGACAUUGAGUAAAAUGUCACUAUUAUGUUGUGAAUGUUUUACUAUUAUUCUGCUAAUAUACUGUAUGUCAGUGCAAGUGCCAAAGUUUGUCUGUGCAUAAUUAUUGUUUCAUUUUGUCUUGUCACCUGUUCUUACGUCUUACAACAUUUAUGAAUUGUUGCUAGGUGCACUUUUCAUCUAGUGAUAGUCAAUGUUUUCUGAGGCUAAUCUUUCUCAUUAUGUUUUGUCUUCAAAAAAUAAUUUUGAUAUUAAUGUUUUUACAUAACAGGGUGCAAAGAAAUUCAUUUUUACAACUUGCCAUUAGGGCAAGCUGAAGCUAGCAUUUACUAGCCUCGGCUAGAUGUCAUUUCAACUAGUCCCGGAAAGGUUUUGAAAGGCAGAAUUGAUUUCACAGUUCACAGUUAUUCGAAUUCCUCAAAAGACAUCACCUGCCCGUCGGGCAAGUUAAAAACAGAAUUCACCAGCCCGAUAGCAAAAUCCCCUAGCCCCGGGCUAUCAGACACAACUUUCUUUGCACACUGCAUAACCUUGCCAACAUGAUGUAGCCUGAAAUGUGUCAUAAGUGUGCAUAAUGUUGAGGGGAACAUUGAUGAUUACCAUCCAGUGAAAAUGAAGAAUCCUUCUACAUCCUUUUAUAUUUCUGUUGUAUGGGUACCUUGUAGCUCAUGAACAAGUUCAAGUUUUCAAGUUUAUUUUUCAGUAUUUUUAAAAUACUCAACAGCUCUCUCAUUGUUAACUUACAGCUAGCUGUAAGUCAGUAAAUUAUGUAGCAACAAUCUCAUUUGUUGCAUAAUAUUGAUUGAUGACUUGCAGGGAUUUGAGGGUGUACACCGUUGUUACUUGGAUGAAACCCUUCACACAAUAAUUGAUAGACUGACUGAUGCAGGGGUGAGUGAGUCCAAGACAUGUUUCAUCUGUUUACAAGAAAAAUUAUUUCUUGCUGUGGAAAUAGGUCUAAUGCAUCCCUGAAAUCAAGCCUGUGCAGAUUAGUUCUGCGUGUGGUAAAAUUUAAAAAGAAAGACAAUAGGCAAUUCCUGAGUUCCAAAAACUCUUACUUUCAAAACAAGACCAAUUGCAAAAUCUCUCCAUUGAGAAUGAGUUUUAUUUGCAUGGGUAUAGAAAUUUAUUUUCAUAUUAAUGGCUUUGCACUUAGCCUCGCUUUGAAACUGAGGCUUGAGGCAACUUAGAUAUGGCCCAUUGUGAUGCACUCUACAAAUUGCAGCUAUGUCUGCAGGGUGGCUGGGUUAAUCAGACUUCUAAAUUCUGUUUCUGCCUCUCUAGGUUCAUCGCCUUGUUAUUGUUGAUAAAGAUGAUCGUUGCAUUGGAGUAUUAUCAUUGUCUGACAUUCUUAAGUUUUUAGUUUUGAGGCCAGUUGGUAUGUCUGCUUUCUAA